AUGGAAGGAAGAAAAAAGGAAGAUCUAUCUAUCUAUCUAUCUAUCUAUCUAUCUAUCUAUCUAUCUAUCUAUCUAUCUAUCUUCACAACCAAACAUAAUGUAUUCAUAAACGUUUUCUAUUUGUUCUAUCUAUCUAUCUAUCUAUCUAUCUAUCUAUCUAUCUAUCUUAGUCUGUUCAUAUCUAUCUAUCUAUCUAUCUAUCUAAAUCUGUUCCUUAUGUAUCGAAAUCUUUUUCAUAUCUAUUUAUCUAUCUCUCUCUUUUUCUUUCUUCGAUAUUUAAUUCUUUCUCUUUAUAUUAGUCUCUCUUUUUCUUUCUUUGUUUUUUUUAUUCUUUCUCUUUAUUUUAUCUCUCUUUUUCUUUCUUCGGUUUUUUUAUUCUUUCUCUUUAUAUUAGUCUCUCUUUUUCUUUCUUCGGUUUUUUUAUUCUUUCUCUUUAUAUUAUCUCUCUUUUUCUUUCUUCGAUAUUUAAUUCUUUCUCUUUAUAUUAGUCUCUCUUUUUCUUUCUUUGUUUUUUUAUUCUUUCUCUUUAUUUUAGUCUCUUUUUUACUUUCUUCGUUUUUUUUUUUAUUCUUUCUCUUUAUAUUAGUCUCUCUUUUUCUUUCUUCGGUUUUUUUUAUUCUUUCUCUUUAUAUUAGUCUCUCUUUUUCUUUCUUCGGUUUUUUUAUUCUUUCUCUUUAUAUUAGUCUCUCUUUUUCUUCUCUCUUUUUCUUUCUUCGUUUUUUUUUUAUUCUUUCUCUUUAUUUAAGUCUCUCUUUUUCUUUCUUUGUUUUUUUUAUUCUUUCUCUUUAUUUUAUCUCUCUUUUUCUUUCUUCGUUUUUUUUUAUACUUUCUCUUUAUUUUAGACUCUCUUUUUCUUUCUGCGUUUUUUUUAUUCCUUCACUUUAUUUAAGUCUCUCUUUUUCUGUCUUCGGUUUUUUUAUUCUUUCUCUUUAUUUAAGUCUCUCUUUUUCUUUCUGCGGUCUCUCUUUUUCUUUCUUCGUUUUUUUAAUUCUUUCUCUUUAUUUUAGUCUCUCUUUUUCUUUCUUCGGUUUUAUAUUUCUUCACGUUAUUUUAGUCUCUCUUUUUCUUUCAUUUCUCUGCUUUUUUUCUACGUUUUUUUUUAUUCUUUUUCUUUAUUUUAAACUCUCUUUUUCUUUCUUCGGUUUUUCAUUCCUUGACUUUACUUUAGUCUCUCUUUUUCUUUCUUUAGUUUUUUUAAUUCUUUCUCUUUAUUUAAGUCUCCCUUUUUCUUUCUUCGUUUUUUUUUAUUCUUUCUCUUUAUUUUAUCUCUCUUUUUCUUCGAUUUUUUUAUUCUUUCUCUUUAUUUUAGUCUCUCUUUUUCUUUCUUCGUUUUUUUAUUCUUUCUUUUUAUUUUAUCUCACUUUUUCUUUCUUUGUUUUUUUUUUUAUUCUUUUAGUUUAUUUUCAUUUCCUAUUCUUUCUUCUUUUUUAUCCCAUCUCUUUAUUUUCAUCUGUUUUCCUUCACUUACUUUUUAUUCCUACUCUUUUUUUGUCUUUCAUUUUGUUUCGUCUCGGUAUUUAUUCUCUUUUUUAUUUCUCCCAUUUAUUUGCGUUUCUUUUCUUUUCUUUCUUUUUUUAUUCCUUCCAUUUAUUUUCGUCUAUUUUUUUUUUCUUUCUUUUUUUAUUCCUUCCCUUUAUUUUCGUCUAUUUUUCUUUUCUUUCUUUUUUAUUCCUUUCCCUUAUUUUCGUCUAUUUUUCUUUUCUUUCUUUUUUAUUCCUCUCCCUAUUUUCCUGUGUUUUUCUUUCUUUUGUUUUUUUAUUUCUUUCCUUUAUUUUUUGUUUGCCUUCUCCACAUUUAUACUUUUUUUAA